CCAGUAUGCAUGCCACUUUAUUCUAACCUGUCUUUGAAUUUCAAGUUUGGCACGACCAUGAAGGUCAGAUCAGUGACUUUUCAGUCUGGCUCGUUUGAUCCGCUGCUGCCGUGAUACGAGGACGCUGCCUCAGCCGUCGUCGCCAUGGGCAGUCGACUAGACAAGAACUCCAGCGCUGUGCGCAAGCGCAUCGAGGGCCACACAUUCUCUGACGAGGGAGGCGAGGAAUAUGAGGCGAGCUCCUUUGGUGGUUUUGGCGACUACAUGAGGCGGAAGAAGAUCAAGCUGCAGAACCUCGACGCCGAGCUCAGGGAUGCCAGCGGCAAGCCUCAGAUCUUCAAGGGCAUCGUUGCCCACGUCUCUGGAUACACCCAGCCGCCCCUGCACAUCCUCCACAGGGACCUCGUAGCACAUGGUGCCGGGUUCCUGCAGUACCUCGACGGCAAGACCUCGGCAACGCACAUCAUCGCUUCGUCGCUGACGCCAAAGAAGGCCGUCGAGUUCAAGGACUACCGCAUCGUCAAGCCGGCUUGGGUGGUUGACUCGAUCGCCGCGGGUCGUAUACUGCCGUGGUCCGACUACCGCGUGCUCGACGAGGGCCCGCGGCAGAAGCUCAUCAGCUUCGACGGUGGCAAGCUCUCCUCACAGGCCAACACGCCGCAGAGGGGCUACAACGACCAAAUCCAAAAGGGUUACUAUGCCAGCCAGUUUAGGAACUCGGCGAGCUCGGCUACAAGGUUGGAUAGUCGUAGUCCGUCCUCUGCGUCUCAGAAUCCUACGUCAUCCAAGUUCACACCAUCGAAGCUGCGGCCGGCCGAAAAUCCUGAUAUACCUCCAGACAAUGUGGGAAAGGGAAUGCCUGGAAACACCCACGAGAAGCCCAUGACGUCUGAGGAGCAUAAUGCCUGGCUGCUAUCCGAUCCAAGAUUGAGAAAGUCGUCCACUGCAAACCCCGGCUUCCUUCAGCAAUACUAUGACCAAAGCCGUCUGCACCACCUCUCGACAUGGAAGGCGGAGCUGAAGUCGAGGAUGCAGAGACUUGCCAACGAGAAGAGUGCAGGGUCGCGCAAGGCUAUCAAACGCCGCCCCGGAGCACGACGGUACAUCAUGCAUGUCGACUUUGACAGCUUCUUCUGUGCCGUCUCCUUGAAAAAUGCUCCCGAGUACAUCGACAAACCCGCUGUGGUGGCGCAUAGCACUGGUACCGGCUCGGAAAUUGCCUCGUGCAAUUACCCAGCGCGGAAAUUUGGUGUCAAGAAUGGCAUGUGGAUGAAGAGAGCACUGGAAUUAUGUGCGGAUCUCAAGGUUCUACCGUACGACUUUCCGGCGUACGAGGAAGCCAGCAGACUUUUCUAUGAGGCGAUACUAGAGGUCGGUGGCAUCGUGCAGAGCGUCAGUAUUGACGAGGCACUGAUCGACAUUACUUCGCUCGUGCUGAGCGCUUCAGGAUCAGACGGGCAUGGUGUUUCUGAAGGGAGCAUCUGGAGAGAGCAGGAGAUUGCCAACAAUAUUGCUACAGACUUGCGGGCAAGGAUCAAGGACAAGACGGGCUGCAACGUAUCCGUUGGUAUCGGAGGCAAUAUUCUGCUGGCCAAAGUUGCUCUCCGCCGGGCGAAACCAGCUGGACAAUACCACAUCAUGCAAGAGGAGGUCCUGGACUUCCUAGGCGGGCUGAAGGUGGAAGACCUGCCUGGCGUCGCCUACAGCAUCGGUGGGAAGCUAGAAGAAGUCGGCAUCAGACUUGUCAAAGACAUCCGCGAAGCUUCCAAAGAACGCCUCGUCUCUCUCCUGGGGCCGAAGACGGGCGAAAAGCUCUGGGAGUACUCCAGAGGCAUCGAUCGCGCCGAAGUAGGGGACCAGCCGGUACGAAAAUCCGUCUCUGCAGAGAUUAACUGGGGGAUCCGCUUCAUCAACCAGCCAGAGGCCGAAGAGUUUGUCAUGAACUUGUGCAAGGAGCUUGAAAGACGGCUCCUGAACGAGGGCGUCAAAGGCACGCAUCUCACCAUGAAGAUCAUGCGCAGGUCUCUCGACGCACCCUUGGACCCUCCGAAGCAUCUAGGCCAUGGGAAAUGUGACACGUUCAACAAGAGCGCCGUCUUUGGAGUGGCCACACAUAACGCGGUGACUAUUGGCAAGGAGGCUGUCUCCAUCCUACGGUCCUUUAGAUUCAGCCCGGGCGACUUGCGAGGCUUGGGUGUGCAGCUUCAGAAACUGGAACCGAUCAAGGCGUCUGCGGCGCCUGAUGGGAGCCAGAAGAGGCUGACAUUCGGCGCCUUCGUCGCUGCUUCAGUCAAUCCCGCAACAAAGAAAGCAGAAGCUUGUCCGACUAAGGGUAUUGACGAGAUAUCAGAAUUUGAUCCUUCUGAUGACCCCAUCGCGGAGGAUCCUGUGACGCCUCAGAAACCAAAACACCCUGCAGUACACCCGGCUCUGGCCCUCGCGAGAGCUAACGAGGCGGAUGAGAAAGCCAGCACGCCAUUGAAUAUGAUGGGGACACAGUUCAUUAUGCCGACCAAUCCGGAUGCUGCUGUCAUAGCGGACCUGCCCCAGGACAUUCGCAGCCGGCUGAUGGCCCAAUCAAAGCCACGUGGGUCUGGGGCUGGCCUGUCCAGGGACCAGUCCCCUGCAGGCAUGGAUGAUGAGAUCCCGUCUGAUAUCGAUCCUGAGGUGUUCAGCGCCCUCCCAAAAGACGUGCAGAUGGAGGUGUUGGCGUCGUAUGGUGAAAGACGUGGGCAGCCUAACCCAGCGCAGCCACAGACCCCCCAGGCAGACGGGACGGGUGCCCGUCAGCAGAUCAGGAAGAGCCCUGCCCAGCAACGGGGCCGAGGUGGGAUACGGGGCAUGCUGAGCCGGACUCGCGAGAGACAGCAUGAUGCCACUGCCGGGCGGGUACAGACCAACUUUGUCACCAUGAAUAAUAACAGGAGAGCAGCAAUGGAGACUGUCGUCGACGAGAUCAUCGAAGAGCUUGACCCGGCCUUCCUGGCCGAGCUGCCCGAGGAGGUUCGAAGAGAUAUUGUGGCAGAUCACCGCAGGCAGAAGCUGGCUCAACAGGCCGGACUCGGCCUGAGUCUGCCAGGUCCAGCACGGCGCAGUGCUGCUGGUCGUGCCAGGGAACUGACGAGCGGUGGACAGACCAAGAUCAACUUCCCGAAACAACCGGCAAAGGUUCCAUUUGCAGCAACAUCGCUGUCGUCGGUCCAGGAGGUGAAGGACAUGCUGAGCGCAUGGCACCGCGAGACGAAGGACGAGGGUCCGCACCAUGCUGACGUGCAAGUGCUCGAGACAUAUCUCGCGCGUGUUGUCACCGAGGAGAGAGACAUGGAGAAGGCGAGGAAGCUGGUCAGGUGGCUCGAUUGGAUUAUCGAAGAGGAGGAUGACGAAGAAGGAGCUGCUGCACCUAGUCGGGGGAGACAGCGCUGGAGAGAAGCUCUGGCCGGCAUCAAGAGUUCAGUGCAGGGUGCUCUGUGCGAGAGAGGCCUGGGCCCCAUGACAUUUUGAGUUACUUCAAAAGCGAGGACAUUUGGACAAUGGGUCGUUCAGUUUUGGUCUGAUGACGACUGAUGAUAAUGACAACGACGACGAUUACGACACGUCAGGGUGAAGCGCGUCCUUGUCGAGUUUUGACGGACAUGAAAUGAAUGGCAUGGCCACGUUGGUGGUAUCUGAACAACAGGCCGAGUCGAAUUAUCACACUUUGCCGACCCGGAUUUAUACAGGGUUUGAUAAAAAGGUUAUCCGUGUUUUCCCUCUCCUUGUCGCUUGGCUCUUAAUAGGCUGCUGACUGCGGGAGAGCCCAC